AAAAAUGAGUACAACAACAGAACAAGUUUCCGUCCCACAACAACAACAAGAAAACAACAACACCACUUCCCCUCAACAAGAAGGUGGUGCCGGAUUCAAGAGAAGAAACAACGACAACAAUAACCGUGGACGUGUUAGAGGAAGAGGUAGAGGAACUAGAAAUAAUCAAGGAACCAGACAACCUCAACAACAACAACAAGGUGAACAACAACAAGCCAAGGUACAAGAUCAACAAGCUACUCCAUCUAAUACAACAACGACUACCGAAGGUGCUGCUCAACAAAAACCAAAGAGACAAAGAAAGCCAAGACAACCAAAGCCUCAAGGUGAACAACAAGAAGGUACUACUACCACUCCUACUACAACUUCUCCAUCUACUACUCCACAACAAGAAGGAGCCUCCACUGAAAAGAAGCCAAAAAGACAAAGAAAACCAAGACAACCUAAGCAAAAUGUUGAAGGAACUCCUGAACAACAAACAACAACUAGUACUCCAGCCUCUACUACUACUUCUGCCACCACAACAAAUGCAACAACUACUCCAGUAGUAGAAGGUUCUGGUAAGCCAAAGAGACAAUUUAAACCAAGAGUUCCAAGAGAACCAAAACAACAACAACCAAAGGAAGCUACUACUACUUCAUCUGAAGCUACUACUACAACUCCAGUUGUUGCUUCCACCGAAGAAGGUGCCAAGCCAAAGAAGCAAAAGAAACCAAGAAAGCCAAGACAACCUAAGGAACAAAAUGGAGAAAAGCCAGCCACUACUACUCCAGCUACUACUACCACCACUUCAACUGAACAACCAUCAACAACCACUCCUCAAGAAAAGAAGGAAAGAGCUCCAAGAAAACCAAGACAGCCAAGACAACCAAGACAACCAAAUGUUGCUUCUUCCGAAGAACAAAAGGAUGAUGGAAAACUCAGAAUUCCAACUUUCUGUAAGGUCAAGGAUGUCGAACCAGGUCAAUCAUUCUAUCCUGGACAAGGUGGAUUUAAUAUUGUUUGUAAGAUUGUUAGUAUAGAAAUUGUUUCUCAAACCAAGGGACAUGCUGUUGCUGAAGUAACAGUUGGUGAUGAAACUGGUUGUGUUGUUUUGACUACUCGUACUGAACAAUUAGGAGAAGCUAAGGUCGGAAGCUCAAUUAUUGUUCGUAAUUCCAAGAUUAGUUUGUUCAAGAAGAAGUUGCGUUUGAAGAUUGAUAUGUGGGGUAAGAUUCAAAGUUUCGAAGAAGGAAAGAAGGCCAUCAGUGUUCCAUUGUCUGAUGACUUUACUGUCAAGACUGACAAGAAUUUGUCAAAGGAUGCUACUUAUGAACCUCAAAUGUAAAAAAAUGUAAAAAAAAAGACUUGUAUCAAGUAAGAUUUUGCAAGUUGUAAAUAAAAAGUGAUUAAUUUUUUUG